ACGGUUCCGCCGCCGCCGCCAUGGCCCUCUGACCUCACGGCGCGCCGCCUGACGUCAUCACCGCGCGCCAGCGCUCGGGGAACUGUAGGGGGCGAUAGGCGCUGCCGGCGCGUGAUCCUGGGGCCUCUCCGCCGCGCGCGACCAAGGCACUGAUAUUUGAACCGGAAGCUUCACAAAGUUGAAAGGAAUCUUCAGAACGGCUUUGAACCCAGACAAGCUAGGAAUCUUUUCUGAACACCACCUUCCGCAUGCAUCUCCCCGACUGGGCUUUCCUGGCCAGGAGCUUUUUGAAGAAGUCGUUCUGCAGAGAGCCAGAAUGCUGAUGCUCGUGGAACCAGCUUAGUGGAUUUGACUUUUCUGGUAGAAUUCUCUUGCUUUAUUAUAUACUCUCUCCCAGAGUUCUAAGACGUGUGGAGGUAUUCAGGGCACCAAAGAGCCUGCAGGGAAGGAAGGAAGCACUUUCAUGCUGAAUGAAAACCAAGCAGGUGACAGCUGUGGCUGAAAACAUUUAAACCUUUCACGCCUGGAUUUCCUGGAUCCGGGACACAAAGGAAUAGUCGCUGCUGGGGUGCAAGAAGCGAUCCCAGACAAGAAAACCCAAAUAAAUAGAAUGAGGGCAACAGGCAAGUAAAUGGCCACCAUUACCCCAACAGAGCCGACGUCAGCCUCCUGGUGGAAUUAUUUUUUCCUUUAUGAUGGUUCAAAGGUAAAGGAAGAAGGAGAUCCAACCAGAGCUGGUAUUUGUUACUUCUACCCUCCUCAGACCCUGCUCGAACAGCAGGAGUUGCUCUGUAGCCAGAUUGCGGGCGUCGUGCGCUGUAUCUCAGACAUCUCCGCCUCUGCUCCUACCCUCGUCCGUCUGCGGAAGCUGAAGUUCGCCAUAAAGGUGGAUGGAGAGUACCUUUGGGUCCUGGGCUGUGCUGUGGAGCUCCCUGACAUUAGCUGCAAGCAGUUUCUGGAUCAGCUCAUUGGAGUCUUUAAUUUUUACAAUGGGCCUGUUUCUCUGGCUUACAAGGACCGCUCUCAGGAAGACCUGUGCGCUGAAUGGGACACCUUCAUUGAACAGAUUCUGAAGAACACCAGUGAUCUGCACAAGAUAUUCAGUUCCCUCUGGAACCUGGACCGAACUCAAGUGGAACCCCUGUUGUUGCUGAAGGCAGCCCUCAUUCUGCAGGCCUGCCAGCGUUCACCUCACAUUCUAGCCGGCUGCAUCCUCUAUAAGGGACUGAUUGUUAGCACCCAGCUCCCACCCUCCCUCACGGCCAAGGUCCUGAUUCGCCCAGCUGCAUCUCGGCACCAGAGAAGACCUGCAGGAGGGGGUGGCCCGCAGGAACGGGGAGCGGCGCUCCCCCCGAAUGUCUGGAUCAUGCCUGUGUUCCUGACCAAAGAGGAGGCCACCAGUCUCCACGAGUUCCCAAGGGAGCAGGCAACGAGCCCUGCUACAGCGCCGGCUGGACUCCAGGAGUGCUCAGCCCAGCAGCACCCACAGCCUCGGAGCACCGCUGCCCCGACAGACGGUGCCACUGGCCACGUGGAGCCCACGGCCUGGAUGCUGGCAGCCACUCCCAAGUCUGCAUGUCCUGACGUAGCGUGGCCAGAUGGCAAGGCGGAGAACGGGCUCUUGGCUGGCCGUGAUCUGGAGAACGUCAGGCCUGCAAAACCGCACAGCCCUGCCAGGGACGAGGGUCCCGGUCUUGGCUACUCCCUGGUGAAGGAACUUCGUCUGCCCUUGGCGGGGGAGGAGCCAGACUUGUCUGCCAUCCACAUUCCAAAAGCUCAGGAAACAGCAACAGCCUCAGGCUAUUUUGCCCUCCCGAAUAUGGGCGCCCCAGAUGGUGGUGGUCCUGCCUUUGAGGAAUUUGUCAGGGACUCUGGUGACCGGGAACCCGAGCCACCUGAUGCCCCGCCCGUGGUCGUGGCCGUGGCCAUCAGCAGCCUCCUCUCUCCGUCCACUCCUGAGAUGCUCAGUCAGAACGGAGCCCUGGAACAGCAUGACGACCUCCCAGAGGACAGCAGCCUAGCCCCCUUUCCCAGGGAAGACCACCUCCCCAGAAGGACAAGCAGGCCUCAGUCACGGCCUUGCUCAGACUUGAGGCAGAGAGGAACCACACUGCCCGUGGGGGACCAGGGCGUGGAGCAGCGUGUUGGGGUGCACGACAGCUGCUCAGCACCUGGCAGCUCAGACUUGGCAGAGUCUCAGGACGACUACGGUCCCUCCGCACACGGAAGUGCCCCAAGGUCAACCCCAGCGUCCUGUGUGGGCCUCGUGCCAAUGAACCUCUACACCCACAGUGUUAACGGGCUCGUGUUGUCCCUGCUGGCCGAGGAGCCGCUGCUGGGUGACGAUGCUGCCAUCGAGGAGGUGCACUGGCCUGCUGAGGUUAACCGUGCCGCCCCUUUCCAGUACCACAGUAGUCUGGCAUCCCUGAACGGGCUGGAGGUCCACCUGAAGGAGACGCUGCCCAAAGACGUGGCUGCCUCCCCCAGCAGGACGUACAGCUUCACGCAUUAUGACCGCAUCCAGAACGUGCUGACCGCAAACCUGCCACAGGCGGCCACCCCCCAGGACCGCCGCUUCCUACGGGCCGUCAGCCUCAUGCACUCGGACUUUGCCCAGCUGCCUGCACUGUACGAGAUGACUGUCAGGAACGCCUCCACCGCGGUGUAUGCCUGUUGCAGCCCUGCCCAGGAGACCUACUUCCAGCAGCUGGCCGCGGCCGCGCAGAGCUCCGGCUUCCCCAGCCCGCAGGACGGCGCCUUCAGCCUCCCGGGCAAAGCCAAGCAGAAGCUGCUGAAGCACGGCGUGAACCUGCUGUGAGCCGGGCCGCGGCGCGAGGCUCACCCCCCCCCACCCCGGGAGGGCACUAGCAGCUUGACCACCAGCAAAGGGAGCCCUGCCUUCUGCAACAGAAGAGGUCCCUGUGUUCUCUCUUUCUUGGCCUGGUCCCCCUGUCAGGAACCGUGACGGUAUGUGUUUGUGAACUCCUUUUGUAGCCUGCGGUUGGAGCGGGUAGUUCUUCAGGUCAGCAGGCCCAGAGCUGUGCAGUAAAGGACUUUAUUCCACUGGCCACGUCGUACCGAAGACGGGCAGGGCCAGGUUGUGGGCCUGUCGCUCUGCGUCUGACGCCCCCAGCGUUUCUCGCCGCCCUUCCCUUCGGGGCCUUAACUAGUGCCUCGAGCGUUCAGCUGGGUGUUUGCGUCCAUCCACAGGGGGAUGGGAGUCACCCGCAGGUGGACCGGUGCUCCCACACCUCCAGUGGGGGUGCCUCAGAGCGGUCCUCCCGGGAGGUCUGGACGCUCGAUGCAGGGAGGCAGGCAGCGAUGCCAAAACCACCUCGUUUGCAUUCUUCUGGAACUAUAUUCAGAACCAGGAGCCUGUUCUUUGGAACACCCAUGGCGGGGGGCGGGGGGGGCAGAUCUUGGUAAUGUGGAAGGGAACCUGGGGCUUUGAGGUAACUCUGAGCCCCAGGGUGCCGAGUGGGCUGUGCAGCUGGCCCCUCUUGAGUGAGUGUCCUCAACGGGGAGUUUCCCCAGUGUCCGGGGCAAAAGCAAAGCUGUGCUUCCCAGCGGCGGCCGUGUGAAAGGGCGCAGCGUGCUUGUAUGCCCCUGCCCGUGCCAGAGGCAGCCGGGGGAUGGUAGUGUGCUGUGGACCGCAGUGCGAAAUACUCACCAGAGGCGUAACUUUUACCGGGAGUACUUGAGACCCCAUUUGAAAACUGCAAUGUUAAUAAUUUCCUAACGGUGAACCAGUGUCUCAUGUUGACGACAAUGUCUUUUCUGUGAAACAAGUUGCCAAGGGCUAAAAAUAAAACAGCCAAAAAUGCUGUUGAGUUGUGAGUAAUGCUAACGUGUCUAGUGACAAAGUUAAGGUAAGGGUUAAGAUACUUUAUGUGUGUGUGUGUGUGUGUGUGUGUGUGUGUUGGGCACCUUUCUCUUCGCCAUGCCCGAGCCGGUGCGGGCAGGUGAAGAGGGAUGUGCCAUAGACCGGUGUGUCCGCGAGGAUGACAGGCUGCGGCCACCGAUCCGCCUUCAGCGUGGCUGGCCCAGCACACCAGGCCCAGUUCCCUUUCCUCCCUGGGGUCCCUCCCGCCACUGGCUGGCCUAAGAGGGUCAUCUUCCCAGAUGGAGGAGGGUCAUACCCUAAGCUAGGGUACAUGCAUACUGUCCUAAUGCUCUGCCAAGUUCUCCAAGAAAAAAUUCAGUACCAGCCUCCGUGCCACCCGGUCAAGGAACCUUCCCACAACUGACUGACACGUAACAUGGCCCUUUUCAGUUGUGGGGUUAUUUUUAAGCAGCCAAACUUUUCCUUUUGCUCACCGGGGCUCCAGAAUUCUGAAGUCCCCAGAUUUGAGCUCAGUGACAUUACAACCCGUCAUGUGUUGAAACGGGGACAGAAUUUGGAGCCCAGAACCCAG